AUGCCCUAUAUUCUCCUAGCACCCAAGCUGACCACGACUAUGCAACUGGUCAUCCACAUCAUCGAACCAUUUGAGGGAGUCGUGUCCCGGGAGAUGCCGAUCGGGAUGGUUGGGCUAGAGAUCUGGACAAAUUGUCAGCAUGAUGCAAUCACCUAUGUUGAGGACUAUGGACAAGCCGACAAUCCAUUUCACCAGACCAUGACAUUCUACAAAGAAUGGAUCCACGUCCUGCCCGAUGGAGUGGAGUUCACAUGGGCGCACUACGACCAAUGUGCCAACCGCGAGAUGCGCGCAAGCAUCCAACUCAAUCUCAUGGCGACCAUGGUCACCUGGCAAUUGGUGGUGGUCACUCUGUGGGGAAGGUCAGAGUUCCAGUAUGAACAGUGUUUCAGUUAUGGUACCAGCAGAGGGGGGUACAACUGGCAGUUGGACAAUGGCUCGUUCUGGACUUGGUGCCCAGUCCGCAGCCGCCGCCUGUCCCUCCCAGCCUUUGACUCGGUCAGGCCGGCAAUUCCUCUACCUUGCGACGACGGCACCCGCUCUUGCUCGAUCUCCCUGAUGCCACAGGGACCACAAGUUGCCCUCAAUUGGGCUCUGAGCGUGCAUCAAAAGUGGAAGAAGGUUGAUGGCAGAGUCGCAAACACUGCACAUAUCUGCAAGACCUACGGUCUGUGCAAGACCUGGGUGGUCUGCCUCCCAAAUGGUGCGUACAAGUACAUGUCCGCGUACGCGGACUACUUCGGUCAAGUGUGGACCGAUUAUUUCUACUAUCGGCCAUAUGACUAUCCCAAGGAUUCAAGUCUCCUUGGAUGGGACAACGACUUGUGGGAGCAGGGUGUGGACAUGAUGCUGGCCACACACGAAGCGUGCUUGCGGGUGGAGGAGCGUUCGGGAAUGUAUUGA